CUAAAAAUGUCUUUGGUAGUAAUUAUUUCUUUUCUAUUCUUUAUUGCGAUUAACGGGGUUUCUUCGUUUACUACAGCCGAGCGUAAUAGCAUUGAAAAACUAAUCAACAAUCAACGGUCUGCACUUGCAAAUGGAAAAAUGUCAAAUUUACCGCCGGCUUCAGAUAUGAAUAAAUUAAAAUAUUCAACAUUAUAUGAAGGAAUGGCACAAUCGCUAGCUAGAGAUUGUUCUAUGAAUAAUAUGGGUGGAGGAGUUAGUCAUUAUUCAACAGACAAAAUAAUACAAACUAAUGGUUAUUUAAUUAUUUUUUGA